AUCCGUUAACGCACAGCCACCCUGCGCGCUGUCAGUGUCCGAUACCGGCGACGUCAGUGCCAGUCUGUCCCUGGAACUCGUGGCUAUCGCGUCGCUCCAAAAAGAUGAAGCCGUCCGCGACCAGUGAACGAACGAACGGGUUGGCGUCUCCCACCGAGACGUUCGAAGAGGAAUCGGUCACACCACCUUCCACCGAACCACCGCACGUGCGGCUCGUGAUCGCCCUCGACCCCCUGCUGACGGUGCUCUCUAUUGUGCUGGACCUGGUGAAAGUGAUCCUGCUCGGUGUGCCGCUAAUAGUGCGCGAAAUCUACACCAUGUUUGUCCCGCGCCCACAGAAAGAUGUGCGCGGCCAGGUGGCGCUAAUUACCGGCGGUGGCAAUGGGUUGGGUCGUGCGAUGGCUCAGCUGUUUGCGGCUCGCGGUUGCCAGCUGGUGCUGGUGGACAUUGAUCUGCAAGCGGCCGAGCGGACGGCCGAGGAGCUAAGGCAGCAGUACGGCGUGGCAGCUCGUGCUUACCGCGUGGAUGUGUCCCAGUACGAGCAGUGCCGGGCGUUGGGCGAACAGAUUGAGCGGGAUGGCGCCGGCCCGGUGGACAUACUGAUCAACAAUGCCGGGCUGAUCAUGUUUGCGUUCGUGAACGAUUCCGAUGUCGAGCGGGCGAACAGCGUGAUGGAUGUUAACAUGAAGUCGCACGUAUGGAUGACGAAAGUGUUUCUGGAUGGAAUGAUCAAGCGUAAACGGGGCCACAUCAUUGGCAUAUCGUCAAUGUCCGGCAUGUACGCCUUCCCGUGGGGCGUCGUCUAUUCGGCGACAAAGUUUGCCGUUUCCGGAUUCAUGGCUUCGCUAACGGAGCAGCUGCGCAUCCAGGGACUUUCCAAAAGCGUCCGAACAACCUGCGUUAACCCGUACUACGUGACGACACGAAAAGAUGUUAUUGAGUUCCUGCAGAAACCAAGGUUCGCUCCACUGACGGUAGACGAGGCCGCUCGUGAAAUUGUAAAAGGAAUUCUACGGCAAGAUAUCGUUGUGACGAUACCACGAUUAUUUGGCGUUUUUACACGGUUUAUGUUGUUCUUCCCAGUGCCAGUUCAGCAGCUCGUUCGAGAUUAUUUAAUCCGCGAAUAUGAGCUAAACAACAAUCUACACAUGUAAGCCGCGUAUCCGGCAAGUGAGGGAUUUUUUGUUUACCGAAAAUGACCGAAUAACUGCAUUGCUGCCCAUAGUGCCGAUAAUCAUUAAGCAGAGUGACUCGAGGUUUAUGCCUGAUUAGUAUUUGAGAACUUCGUACGGAAUAGCUCCAUCGUUAUACUGUGUUAGUCAUUCGUUGCCUUGUGUAGCAGUUGAUUAUUGUGUAUGCAAUGGUUGCAUACGACAGAUGAGCUUAAAGUGAAUUCAACUACUUGAAGUGAUAGAUCGUUUAAAUGAUAGCAAAUAAAAAUUAUAAUGGGGGAUAUUUGUCAGGCAAAUUACAUUUUCAAUGCG